UUCCAUUCCAGUUUUCUGCUAAGGCUUGGCAGGGCUUCGAAAGGUGCGCCUGGGCUCAGACGUGUAGUGACCUCGGACGUUAACGGGAGCUAAAAAUUUGUGCUGCCAAGUCGAGUCAACGCAGCAACGCGCGCCACCGGUAGCGGGGAAUGGCGGAUCCGAUUUGUGCUUUUGGUGGGUGCUGACGCGGUGAAAUGUGAUCCAUACCGUUCGAUCGACGCCAUCCGAACGCAGGCUGAAAUCAAGUGAUUUGGAUUCUUUCUUCUAGGAUCGAUACGAUCGGAAACGAGUGCAGUUAGCUGGAGGUCAAGAAGUGACUGGUCGUUUAGUUUGGGGGCCGGCUGGUGAAUGUAUCGAAUAAUAUUUCAGUGUACGGCAGCCGUGAGCACGGGUUUGAAAUAUUUGUGUCAUGUUUUUAAUGAAUUUAAAAGUACAUGCACUGUGGUGAACUGGUAGUGCGUUUGGAUGUCUGAAGUGUCAAGCUUACAAGAGAGAAACAUUAAAAUAUGUUGAAUAGUGUCUUGAGCACCAGCCUAAGUGGAUUAACCGAAUCAAAUGCUGAAUAAAUAAAAAAGUUGUAAGACAGCAACACGGCGGAAUUGAAUGUCGCGGAGCCAUUAGUCGGUUGACUGCAUCUUGUGCGCCGCCUCAGUUCUCCAUUAUCGUCGUAGCCGCCUAGUCGAUCGUUUGUCACGGAGCAACGCAAACGCAGCUGGAGGAAACCUUCAUUGGACCAUCACGCGUCGUCAAGAGGGAGAAAAGCAGCAAAAAGCUAGUGCCUGCCUGGACUCUGUCUGAUCAGAGAGUGCGAUCGGAAAUGGUGGCUUAAGAGCGAGCUCGUAGAGCCAAAGUGAUAGAGAUAAAACAAAUGGAAUAUGCAAUGCAACUUGGUUUGGUUUCAAUUUGGUCACUACCGCAAGUGUGUGUUGUGUUGUGUGUGAAUGAAGCUGAGAAGUUUGUUUGCCAAGCCAAUGAUCUGUGAAGUUCCCGUUCGGAGUGCCGUGUGUCGUGUUUGGGCUUAGUGCCGCUCGAAAGUGAAAACAAAUAAGCUUCCCAAACGGUGCUACUAACUAUUUAGGGGAUUGCGUAAAUGGUUCCAAAGUGAUAGCAAUAAAUUACAGAUUUACGCCAGGCAAUUUCCGCUUUCAAUAAAGUGCUUUAGCAGUGUGUUUGCUGUGAAGAGAAGUGCCCGUGAUUCAAUGUGGCAAUUAGAAAGGAUCCGAAAGGUUUGCUGCAAGUGACAGUCUAAGUCAAUCGUCAAUCGAUGCUCGUUUGUUGAAAUUGGCGCCAACCGCGUCACAAUGGAAGCAGACGUUCUGAACGCCCUGAACACCCAAACGGCGUACAUUCCCGGCGGCCGAGACCGCGAUGGGCACCCGUUAAUCAUAAUUCCCGUGCCGUUCUACGAUAAUCUACCAUGGAUGAAGGGUUUUCUGGAGACCACGGUUAAAUACAUACUGAACACCUUGAGCUCCGACACGAUCGCAGCCGGUUUCGCGGUGGUCCUUGACGCCCAGAAGUGCUCCUGGCGUUCGGCUCGCCAGUACAUUCGGCACGUGCAGUCACUGCUCGGGCCCAACCUGGACAGCUUUCUGGUCAUCCGACCGGAUGCCUUCUGGGAGAAGAACCGGGUGGAAAAUUGCGCUCGCCAGCACCGCCAGGGAGAGCCGACCGUAAUCUCCAAAUCACGGCUCGUCAAGUACUUCGAGCUGGCCGAGCUUCCCGAAGAAUUGGGCGGAACCGGGUCCUACAAUCACGACCAGUGGAUACAGAAUCGAUUGCGAAUUGAGGAAUUCCGAAAAUCCUACGAUAAAGCGAUCGGUGACCUAGAAAACUUGCACCGGCUGCUGCUGGACAACCGGACGGUGCGGGCGAGCGAGUCGGAAGCAGCACUCAAAUCCUGCCGGCAGCUUAAUCAAGACGUGCAAAAGUUUCUCGCUCUGGUCAUGGACGGCGGCAACAAACUGCUCUCCCACAUCGGAGACCUGCAGAGUACAAAACCAUUCAUAUCGCAGGACCUAAUCGAUGGGCGAGAAUCGGUGAAACUGAUGCUGAAUGCUGUCGAUCGGAAGCAGUCCGCGCUGAAUCUGGCCCUACACGAGCUGGAGUGCAACGUCGAAGAGCUGCGCGAGUUAGCCACACUGGAGGAGGGCGUUUCGUACGUAACCAACUGGAUCCUAACGACGGCGGAAGCGAUGCUGAACGCCCAGUUGAAGGUGGGCUACGAUGUGACGACGGCCGACAAACUGCGGCUGGAGCACGAAAUCCUCGAGCUGCAGUGCUGGAAAACGUACGGGUUCUACGCGGAGCUAAUCUACAAGAUCGAUAACUUUCCAAAGAUGAAGGAUUCGGUGGCCUACAAGGAUUUGAUGUCUCAGCGGGAGUGGAUGGACUUUGUUUGUCGGAGUUUUGCUCAGCGGCUGGAACGGCGCCGGAAUGUGCUGAUCACUUCGGUGCGAUUCUACCGGCUGGUUGCGGAGUACUUUGAUCGAACUAGUGAGGUUUUUCAGUCACUGAUCAUGGGCGACAAGGUGGAGGAUUUCGACUUGGCCAAUGCCAAGCUGCAGCGUUUGAAGGAUAGUCAACAAACGCUGGACACUGUCGAAAAGGAAAUCAUCAAAGAGGGCGAAAAGCUGAGUGACAUCCUCCUGAUGCCCGUAAAGGACGCCGUCGGACGGGAAGUGAAUGUGGACUACAGCGAGGAUAUUGCCAACGUACGUGACAUCCUGGAUGCAACCAUUUCUCGGUCACGAAUUUUCGUCGAAAGUGUGGAACUGCAGAAGCUCACCUUGGAUCAAAUAACCCACAUCUAUAAGUAUGAAAUGGACGCGGAAACGGCCCUCCAGUGGAUGGAUGAUCUGUACAAAGUUAUGAUUCGUUCGCACACUCACGUUGGGGUCAACGUUUACGAGAUUCAAGCGCAGAAGGAUGAACACCAAACAUUUCAGGAAACUGGUAAAGGCACCUACAACUACGGCUGCCAAUUGCUGAACGCAUCUCUGGCACUGCGGCAAUCCUGCAAGCUGGAAACCGAUCGCAACAUCGAGAUGACCCAGCAUCUGCAGGGAACGUGGAAAAAGUUCCAAGCCGUCAGCCAGGAGCAAAUGACGCGGCUUCGCGUUUCGGCCGUGUUUCACCGGAGCGUCGAAGAGCACUGCACCAAACUAUACGAGCUGAAGGAAAACGUCCUGCGGAUCGGCGACAUCGAGGAGACCAACCGGCGGAAAGUGAGACUGAGAAAAUGCCUGGGAAGCCGGGAGCGACUGCUUGUCGAGGUGGGCCGUAUGGUGCGGCUCGGGAGACUGCUGAAAACGAGACUGAAAGAACCAUUCCUGCUGGAUGACCGCUGUGAGACAAUGGCAAGCCCGGAAAAUGUUCUCACAGAAUCGGAUAACAUAAUGGCAUGUGAGGCCAUCUCCGCCCGUCUGACAGAAGUUUCGCGCAUCGCCGAAGCGCUGGACAGUGUCCUGCGGGAUGUACAGGGCGGAUUUGACGAUGUGGACGAGGAACUGAUCGGUGUCGCUGCCGGUGGAACCGGAGACACGUCCAGUGGCUCGGACAAAAAGGCCGAUGGCAGUAAUCACUGUGACGAUUGGAGCUGCAGCAUGAAAUCCACCGAGGACGAAUCUUUCGUCACGGCAUCCGAUUGUACGCCCCAAUCGCGAUCCUCCUCAUACCACACGGCUUCCGAGUGUCGGGCGUCUCCCUGGUGGGGAGGUGAAUCAACCGAACGCAGCUCGCUCGAUAACGAUUCCUCCGAAGAUGCCGACCCGGAAGCGAUGCCAUCGAUCAAACUGCUCUCUGGGGUCAUGAUAACCGCCUCGACUGCCAAUCUCUCGUUUGACGAAUCGGAGCACAGUUUCUUAACGCCGACCUCGAAUAGUGAACAGGCCGACUCGGAUGAUUCCCAGACGGCAGCGGCAAGUCGACGCCAACCUUCGCCAUUGAUCAGCUCCGGCUCCAGUUCGGCUCUGAAUUCAAUCAACCGAAGGGAGAAUCUGGCUCUGGCGCUGACCCCGGAAGAGCUUGAGCAGAUCGAAAGCGAUAUCCGGAACAAUAAUGUGGUAGCCGUGGCUGAAAGUACUCCCAAGGUGGCCAAGCACAGUUCACCAACGUCGAGUGACGACAGCGGUAACGCAGUGGAUCCCUAUCUGCAGAAAGCUCGUGCAGUGCAGUGCGUCGAUCGAACACUAGCCGAGCUCGGCGCCCGUCAGUUGGCCAUCGGCGAUGAAUGGGAACGCUGGAACGCCCAGCAGCACGCAGAUACCGUACUGAACGACAUCAUGGCCCAAAACAUGGAGACCCUCGCUCAAGCUACCAAACUGGAGGAGCAGCUUUAUCCGAUCUUCAACACCGCAUCGGACAAUCCGGCCGACCUGAGUGCAUUCGUUGGUGCUAAACUAAAUCAAAUCCAGGCGGACAUCCGGGCGGCGGAGAAUGAACUAACCAAGCGGUUCGAAACGAUCGAUCAACUCGCUUCGGGAGGAGUCGAAUCGAACGACAAAGUGAUUCAGGUGAAAAACAGCCUCAACUCGAUCAAAACCAAGCUGCACACGAUCGCGGCCGAUUUCCAGGAGCUCGCCUCGGUGGUUGAUCAUUUCCUCCGUUCGGUGGCAACAUGUCGUGAUAACAUCAAAGACUAUUUCGCGCGCAAACAAACCGUAACCGGGCCCGAAAGUGUCGAAUCAAUCACCAACAGCUACGAGCAGUUUAAGCAGAACACGAUGGAAUACUUCCGCAACCUGCUGCAGCAAAGUGAGCAGAUUAUCGAACGCAUCAAGACGCAGGAACCACCGGGAGCGAAAGAGCAGGACACGGACAAGAUCAUAACGCUGCUGGAGAAUCUGAGGACAUACUUCGAAACGCAAACCGAAUCGGAAAACUCCGAGCUUCGGAAGCAGCAUGCGGUUAUUGCGUUCGAUAAAAGUUUAAACGAGGUGCGGGGAGAAAUCGCCGCCAAAGCGGAUCAGGUGAAUCGUGGCCGAGGAAACUAUGGCGAGAAUGCGGACGGCGCGAGGGAACAGUUGGCCAGAAUCGGGGAGUUCGAGGCAAGCUUGCAGGAGUUAAGUUCCAAAAUCGAUGAUUUUGUCAACGCAUCUCAGAGCCUUACCAGCCAGUAUCCGGAGACGGCACCCUACGUACAUGCGGAGGCAACAAAGAUCCGCAACGAAUGGUCUGACCUGCUGAACAAAACCCAGGAGUAUCGACAGUUGACCACAGUAGCGAUAGAAUACUUCGAGUUAAUCUCCGUGGUCGAGAACAGUUACCGCGAUCUAAACGCUGAUCUCAUCAAUGCCAACAACAAACUGUCAAUUCUGAACAAUCCCGAUCUAGCGGACGAUUUGAUGCAGCAAAUCGAAAACAUCCUGAAGGCGUACGAAAGUCAACAGUUGGACACGCUGAAGCAAAUAUCCACCCUGUCAUCCCAGCUAUACGGUCACGACAGUACGGUCGCUCUGUACAACGAUAACCUCAAACUAUUCCAAACAUUCUACAAAAUCAAAACGGAGCUUAGCGAUCGCAUCAAAGAGCUAACCGAACAGCGACAGCAGCAAGAGACUCAACAGAACGAAGUUCAUGAAGUAACCACGAUAACCACAACAACCAGCCACAGUGGCUUACCCCAGCAGAUCGACAUCCAAACGGUAGACGAAGCUGAAUAUCUGCAGGAACCACAAGCACCAUUGGUGAUUCAAACCACCGAAGAAACACGUCACGAGCAGAUUCACGAGAUCAUCACCACAGUCGCAGAACCUCCUCCUUCACUGUCAAUAUCAAAACCACUCGCAGACAUAUCGGUCCAGGAGGGCAAACGGGCCCAGCUACAGUGCGUGAUCUUCGGUCACCCACCGCCCUGCGUUGAAUGGUUCAAGGAUGGAAUCAGCAUCCAGAAUAAUCCCGACUACAAAACAAUCUUCGACAACGGUAUGUGCUCGCUGACCAUCGACGAAACGGUGACCGCUGAUUCGGCGGAAUUCUUGUGCCGGGCGACCAACGACGCCGGUAUCGCUGACACUUCGGCACGCCUAACCGUAACCGAGUUGGCUCCGGCUCCGAAACCACAAGGGGUGCCUCCGGUGUUCACGCAGCCCCUUGCCAACGGUACGGCCACCGAGGGACAACCCUUCCAGUACAGCUGCACCGUCACAGGUAAUCCUUUGCCCGUGCUUCACUGGUACAAGAAUGACACUUGCAUUGACACUUCCCCCGACUACAAGAUCGCGUUCGAGCCGUCCGGCGGGCUGGCGGUGCUUCGCUUCGAGCAGGUAUUUCUCGAAGAUCAAGCCCGCUUCACCUGCCGAGCGAGCAACGAGUGUGGCACCGAUGAAACCUCGGCCGAACUGACCGUCGAACCCCUGGAACCGACCGAGUACCCCAGCUUCCGUACCCCACUAUCGAAUGUGAUGGCCCGCGUGGGCCAGAAGAUCAAGCUGGAAGCCGAAGUCGCCGGUACUCCACCGCCCGAGGUCAUGUGGACGCACGAUGGAAAGCAUUUCGCCAACCGGGAAGUGAAGUUCUUCUACGAAAACGGCAGAGCGCAAUUGGUCAUAGACGAGGCAUUCCUGAAGGAUGCUGGUGUCUACACGCUAACUGCCAAGAAUAUCGCCGGUGAAAAGUCCUGCUCGUGUAAUGUUGUUGUGAAAGGUCGGCUGCCGCACGAAACGUCCGAUUCAGAACUAGCCAGUGAUAUGGAACCAGUGAAACCGUCCGUCCAGCUCCAGCUCAAGGACGUCUCCGUGUUCGAGGGUAAACCGGUCCGACUGGAUUGCGUGAUUGUCGGCCAACCGGAGCCGGAAGUGAUUUGGUACCACUGGGAACGUCCCGUCAAGGAGUCCACCGAUUUUCAGCUGCUAUUCCAAGGUGAUCGCUGUUCGCUAGUGAUACGAGAAGCAUUUCUAGAAGAUGCUGGCGAGUACCGAGUGGUCGCUAUUAAUAGCGCUGGUGAAGCUUCGAGCAAGUGUAAUCUAAUUGUAACACCACUGAACAUCGCGGAACCAGCCGUACGUCAGCCGGCCGAACGUGUCCUGCCCCAACUGGGGGCGCCACCCAAGUUCGAGCGGCUGCUAAGUGACAUCCUUGCGACCGAAGGCGAAAAGUGUCAAUUCGAGUGUGCCGUCAGUGGCGAUCCGCGGCCCAACAUCAGGUGGUACGUGAACAACCGUGAAAUCGAAGAAAAUCCGCGCGUUCAUUCAGUAAUCCGCGAAGACGGGGUGGUGAAACUCAUCAUCGAACAGGUGUUCCCCGACGAUAAGGGCGUGUACACGGUGAAAGCUUGCAACCCGUCCGGGGAGGCCAAGUGCUUUUCGAAUUUGAUCGUGAAAUCCGUCAACGCUCCCGAGUUCGAAACUGUACCGGCGUUUCUUAGCGACAGUGUUGUGUGUCCGACGUUUAAGGAACUGUUCGCCGAUCGGGCCGUCAAGUUGCACGACUCGACUAAGUUUGAGUGCAUUGUUGUGGGUAAACCGCAGCCGAAAAUUCGGUGGUUUUUCAACGAUAGACCCGUUCAGGGGCACGAUUUUCUCGUUUCGACUAGUGGCGAUCGGCAGGUUCUAACGAUUCCCGAGGUUGUCCCAGAACUGGCUGGGAAAAUUACUUGUUUGGCUGAAAACGAAGCGGGACACGCACAGUGUGUGGCUUUUAUAAAGCUGGUGGAAGGUUUCGGAACGGCUUCGUUCUUGCCGCAGGUUAUGGCUGAAUCGAUGCUGCAGGUUGAUAAUACCGGAGCGUCUACGGUGACGCUCCAGAAGCAGGUUACCACUUCAUCCUCGUCCUACUCCUCCUCGACGGUGGUCGAGAACGGAGUAUCGCAAUCCGAGGUACACUCGCAGUCGGCCCAUCUGGACCGCUCGUUCAAGAAAGUCGGUAACGAAGCUCCGGAACUGUCGGAGAAAAAACAAUUCUCGCAAUAUCAUCAAACGAACGACUUGCCGCCUUCGACGCAGCAGGAAACAUCGAUCCUCAACAUCGCCAACAACAACACAUCGGAAAUGCACGAAACGAUCAUUGCUAACUCGGGUCAAAUCAGUACCGGGAAGCCCGCCAGGCGCAGCUCUGCUCCCCGCUUCGUUUCGCCGUUCAACGGAAAAAUCGUCGACCAAGGAGCCGAUGUUGUUUUCGAGGGAAUCGUCGACGGUUACCCGACACCCGAAGUGAAAGUAACCAAGAAUGACACCGAGCUUAAGCCGGACGGAGAGCGCAUCAGUGUGACCUAUUCACUCAACAAAGUCGUGGUCGAGCUGAAAAGCGUUUCACCUAACGACGCAGGACGUUAUACUGCGACAGCAUCGAACGCAGCCGGUGCUUCAUCGACCACAGCCGAUCUCGUCGUUAAAAAGUCUAUAUUCCCGCCAGUGUUCGGCAGACGGUUGCAGGCCCAGAGCGUCCGACGGGACGAUCGAGUUAUUUUGGCUGCCGAAGUAACGGGAACUCCGGAACCGAGCGUUUACUGGUUCAAGGACGACCAACCCGUACAGGAAUCGCUGCUGCCGGGCAGUUACGAAUUGCAACAGGUUGGACCUUGCUUUAAGCUGAUUUUCGAACGCAUUGACCUGGCGGACGCCGGAAAGUACAUGCUGCUGGCCAAAAACGCCGGCGGUGAAGCGCAAAGUAUCGCCGACAUUGCCGUGCUGGACGUGGAACCCCAGCCGCAACCGCAGCCCAAGCAUGUCUCCUUCGUGGACAUACCACAGCCAGCGGCCGGUGAACCACACGAAAGCAUUUCCGGUGAGUCUGGCUUUACAGCUCGCCAAGAAUUUUCAGCCGAGUCGAAACUGCAGGGUCCCACAACAGAGUCCACUAUCGUAACUGAAACGCGUCGCACUACAGAGGCCACCAUGCGGCUGGAACACAAGAUCAGCUUCCCCGAUCUGCCCGUAACAUUUUCACAACGCACACAAACACCCACGAUUCCUCUCGUAUCCGAAGGAACGAUGGUUCAAACAGACUUACAAACGAGUGCCACCAACACAGACCGAAUCGCUACACGAACGGACGCCACACAAACACCGAUUCCACCAGUACAGCUGCAGCAGCAACCUCCGGCGCAGCUACUAAAGACUGAAGCCACACAAACAACUCCCCAGGUGGAACUGCCGAAACCGCCGCUGGAAGAAAUUCAAACCGAAGCCAAGCGAAGUGCGUUCCAAUUCUUCGAAAAAAUCGACAAAUUGAACGGAACGGCACAACCGGCAGCGGUUCCUUUACCAUCCAUACCAAAGCCAAAAUCUUUCAAGCCACUCAAAUCAUCAGUCGCCAUCGAUCAAACGCAUCAGCUGGUAGGUCCAGAAAUACUGCUCUAUCAAUCGUACACUCCGGGUCAGCCACCGGCAGCACAAACUCAAUUCGCUUCAUCAUCUGAACAGUCAUCAAGUAGCGUUACAACCACCAACUUGACCACAAUGACCAACAGUAGCAGUAGCUAUCAAACGACCAAAAAGGUCGAGUUUCUGCAACCACAACCCGUCACUGUCCCGACUCCUCCGAUCUAUCACCAAGAGCCGCACCCCCCGAUAACCGUCGAAACGCACCACAUCCCGAAGCACGACCCGACUCCUUCCCACAAAAUUCCCCAAAUUGUGGCACACGAAGUCACAAUCAAUCGAAUCCAACAACAAGCCACAAGCACACCUCAUCUCGAGCGAGCUCGCAGCUCGUCCCCUCGACCAUCGGCGGAAGCCAUCGCAAUGGAGAAACUUUGGACCACUCCUAAAACAUCCGGCUUCGUCACAUUACCACGCACCAAACCAUCAACUGUAACUACUACUAUCACUGCUCGUAAACCCUCACUAGAGGACAGUAAACGCUCAACGCCUAAAUCCGAAUUUCAGCCAGCAGUGCAAAACAACUUUUAUAGUCAGCAGCAGCAGCAGCCACAACAACAGCAGAUGUAUUCGUCCUUCUCUACGACUCACCAGUUCCAGGCAUCAUCGCUAUCUCAACAGCAGUACUCCCAGACCAUGCAAUAUCAACCGUUCAAGCCAUCCGAACCAGCUCCCGCACCUGUCCAAGCUCCACAACCUGCUCCGUACAACCCAUCUCCGAUUCAACAGCCGACCUUCAAACCAGCACCUCAACCCGUUCAGCAACCGAAACCUUUCAUCCCAGCUCCAAUCCCACAACCCGUACAGAAGCCAUUCAUCCCGGCUGCAGCACCUCCUCCGGUUCAUCACUCCCUCGCUUCUGCUCCAGCUGCCGUGCCGUUCGUCUCUGGACCAUCCUACAACCAGACUCCUCAGCCGUUUAAGCCACUUCCUCCGCCUUCCAUCACUUCAAGCCAACAGAACUACUCCUCAACACCGCUCGACUUCCAGCCAAUCCAGACGACCUUCGUUCCAACUCCCCAAACCUUCGUUCCCGCUCCAGAACCCUACGUACCAGCUCCCCUGCCACAACCCAUCCCAUACCCAGAACCACAAUACCAACCCGAGCAGCCCCAAACACCACCAAUGUCCAUCCAAUGUCCACCUGCUCAAUUCGUCGACUUCACGCAACAACAGCAACAGCAACAACAAUUUAUCCAGCAACAGCAAGAGGAGAUCUACAAGAAAAAAUCGGUCAAGGAAACCAAACAGCUGUUCGAGCAAACCAUCCGACAGCAGGAAGCUGUCGCCGAUCUGCGGGCACCCCGCAUGAUCCAGCAGAUGCCGUACUCGCCGACCAAGGCGCCGCUCACUCUGCCGGCCGACUUUGGCUACACCCCGGCCGAGAUCGGACUCGAGCCGGGACCGCAGCCUACGAUGGGUUACGCUCCGAAGCACUCGAACGAACGCAAGAGCUCCUACUAUCGUGAGAAGAUCGAACAGUCCCUGUUCGAGAGCAUGGAUAAAGUGCCGGAACGUGUUCCGGCCGGUGGUGUCAAGAUUAUCCCGCCCAGUCCGCGCAAAAAGCCACCCACGGGACAGUCGGAUACCGCCGGGAUGACUCCUGCUUCGUUCGAGCAGCCACCGGAAGCCAAGGGUACGCCCACCGUCGGGGCCAAGAGCCCAUUCACGGCGACCGAGAGUGAGUACGAGAGUGAUAUGGACGUGAAUCGGAAGAUGAACGGAGUCAGCGGCUACCUGGCCGAUACCGAGGAGGUCCAGAAGACGGUUUCGUUCAGCGAGCAGAAGAUCGAGAGCUUCAGCAGCAGCAGCAAGACCGAAAGUAUGGUGGUCAGCUCUUCGACUGCCUCGCAGGAGCAGAAGAUCGAAUCGUUCGAGUCGUCGGUUGAAAAGGUUGAGGGCGCAUCCAAAUCGGCCGUGACCGACGGCGAAAUUCAGCCGCCGCCAGCACAGUUGCCCGCGGAGCAAGUAACCACCACCACUACCACCAGCAGCGCCACCGAAGAGGCUAGCAAGGAAUCCAUUACAACUGAAGAGGGAAUUAAGAACUUCCUGGUGAAUAAUGACCUACCGGAAGAUUUGCAACCAGUUAAGGUUCUACCAACAGAGGAGCCGCUACCGACGCUGAAAAAGGUCCCAGUUCCAGCGGCAGUUCAACCGGAACCACAACCAGAGCCAGCACCUGUCGCACCGGAACCGACUCCGAUCGUUGAACCGGCACCACCGGUUCAGCCGGCACAACAGAACGGUUAUCCUUCGGCUAGUGACUACGAGAGUGACUUGGACAAGAAGAUCAAGCCAGUGUGGCAGCCAACCAUCGAGCAGGGAUACAAGCCGGUCCAUCCGGUGUUUAACCCACCGAAACCGCAUGAAACCGGUCCAGCUGCACCGCCGCCAUCAGUAUUUGAUCCGAUCGACAAAAUUCAACCCACAAUUCAGAUUCCCGUACUCAGUGAAGCACCCAAAAUUGAAAAACCGACACCCAUCAGCUACACUCAAAGUCAGACAAGCCAGCAAUCCUUCCAAGAGCAAAAGAGCACGACCUUCCAGUCCUAUCAGCAGCAAAGCUAUCAACAAUAUCAAUCACAGCAACCCCAGCUGCAGCAACCCCAAUCGUUCCCACCUAUGGAACCGACACCGGCCCUAUACUACACCUCUAUCACGGGAGAACCCGUUCACAAUGCCAUCGCAACCGAAACCUCCAACACUCUGCACAUGAAGGAAAUGACCGAAAGCAGCAACCGGGUCGUAAAUAUGUCACAAACCCAGCGGGUUGUCAAUCUGGAGUCCACUAAUCAGUACUUGCAGCAGCAGAAGGCACCCUCGACAGACUUCAUGCAAAGACCAGGUCGCUUUACUCCGGGCGAGUAUCGCGACAGUGACCAAGAGUAUGACGGAUCGCGAAUCCGUCCAUUGUGGACUCCAAACCCAUCAGAUAGCGACGAACCACACUAUCGAAGCGUUAGGCCAAACUUCAAGCAGCCACGAUCGGCCAGUGUACCGCGAUCCGGUGAGCGAAUUCAAACCCCAAUGGAAUUCGACACCGGUCCAGUGUUGAUGCCGUCCAAAAUUGAUCUCAGCAGUGUCGUCAAUCAGCAGCAGCAAACCACGACCAGCACCGAGACGUCGUCGAUGGAAGUGCUGCAGACUCAAACUCUCGAUCGUCAGUCCUCGUUCACCUCCAAGCGGCUGGCGACUUCGCACGUGUCCAACCUGCGUGACGAUAUGGCUGUGAAAGCACACCGAGUGGCCCCGAUCAACUACAUCCAGAAGGCGGCCAAUCAGGCCGAAAGUAUGUCGCAGUCCUUCAAGACCAAGGCGUACCACUUUGCCAACGAAGUGAUGACAGACAUGCGGAAGGCACCGAUCAAACCGAUCCUGAAGAAUGCUUUCGGCUACCAGGUCCCGGUUGCACCGGCUACAGCCGUUGUCCCACCAGCCACCACCGGCAGUAACGCCCAAGUCUACCGAGAAGAUUCCAGGGUGUCCCAAUACGAGUGCAAUCGACAUACGUCCUACCGCAGCCACAAGGAACUACGGCCGAAGGUGAACACUCCGGAACGGCAGGACCACAACGGAUUCCAGGAGCACCACCAGCCGGAACAGCACUACGAGCACACAACCUACCGAUCGAUUUGCCUGAUUCAGACCUCGGAAGUGCAACAACAGCAUCAGCAGGUUGGCGGUUAUAUUCAGCAAACGUCGACACCGGCGGCUAUCACAUCGGCACCGCAGACGCCGUCCGGCCAGCUGUACCAGCAGCCUAGCUACGUGGUGCAGUCGCCGGGUAUUCCGGCUGACGCUUCACCACCGGUGUUCGAGCAAAUCUUCAAAAACUCCCGCUUCGCCCAAGGUGGCAAUGCACUGUUUGAGGGUAAACUCAAGGGUAACCCUAGGCCCGAGGUUUCCUGGACUCGAAAAGGCGCACCACUUCUCGAUUCCACGAAGCACAGGCUCAGCUACAACCCAGCCACCGGCGCAGUCUCACUGCUGAUCAACCAGAUCGGCCCUGGCGACGAGGGAGAAUACACCUGCAAGGCUCGGAAUGCCGUCGGCGAAGCGAUCUGCUCCGUAUUCAUACAACCAGAAGGCAUGCCUGCUCCACAGUUCCAACAGGUCAAACGAGAACAACAACAGCAGAUCAUUCAACAAAAACAAGUUACCACACAGCAGCAGUACACCAAUGGUUACUCGCAUGUCGAAGAAGAAUUCAAAGUCGACACAUUCGAGUAUCGGUUGCUGCGGGAGGUUUCCUUCCGUGAAUCUAUUACUCGUCGUUACGCUGGCGAAACAGACGCUCAAUUAAUCACUAUCGUCGAUCGUGCUCUUGGUCCGCCUGCUCCGCCACAGAUCAGUCAAAAACCAAGAAACUCCAAACUAGUCGAAGGAUCCGAUGCAGUGUUCAGUACCAGAGUUAGCGCGAAUCCGAAACCAAGACUGAGCUGGUUCAAAGACGGUCAACGCAUUAUCCCGUCCGCUGAGAAGUAUGACAUCAGCUACUCGAACCAACAGGCCACACUGCGCGUCAAGCAAGCUAACUCGAAAGAUUCUGGUCACUACACGCUGCUGGCGGAGAAUCCACAAGGCUGCCAAGUAUCGUCAGCUAUUCUAGCCAUCGAACCUGCCCACGAGCAAGUAACCGUAGAUAGAAACAGCCAUGAAAUCAUCGAAACUACCGAGACGGCCAAAGCACUAGUGCCGGCGUUUGUCACCUUAAUUCAGGAUCAAGAAACAACCGAAGGAAAAAUGGCUCGUUUUGACUGUCGUGUCACCGGUCGUCCGUAUCCGGAAGUAGCCUGGUAUAUCAACGGUAAACUUGUUACCGAUGACGCUACGCACAAGAUUCUGGUGAACGAGGCUGGCAAUCAUUCGCUGAUGAUCACCAGCACCAACCGGUACGACCACGGUAUCGUCACCUGUGUUGCCCGCAACAAAACUGGAGAAAUUGCUGCACAAGCCAAGCUAGUUGUCUGCGAGCGUGAACAGAUCGUGGCACCGAAGUUCAUCGAACGUUUUACCACUGUCAACGUUAAGGAAGGCGAACCAGUUCGUCUGUUUGCACGUGCCAUCGGUACUCCGAUCCCGCGCAUUACAUGGCAAAAGGACGGCGUACCGCUGCUACCGGGACCGGACGUGCAGAUCCUAUGGGACGACAAUGGUUCGACCACCGUUGACAUCCCACGAGCAAAGACGUCGGAUGCUGCCUGGUAUCAGUGUACCGCGCAAAACGUUGCCGGUACAACCGCUACCCGUGCUCGUCUCUUCGUCGAAACUCCGAAGGGACCAGCGCCGGAACAGCGUCGCCUCAAUCUACCACGGCCAACGAAAGUCAUUCAACCGGAACCCGCUCCGGAACCUGAGAUCAUUUUCUUGCGUCACGUUGAACGUGCUGCUCCGCAUUUGCCGCAAAAGGAGGAGGAUCGCGUUUAUCCACCGCCGAAAUUUACGAUCCCAUUGAACGAUGUCGCUCAAGUCGAAGGUGGCAAGGUUCACUUCGAAGCACGUAUCGAACCUGUGUCCGAUCCGUCGAUGCACGUCCAGUGGUUCAUCAAUGGAAACUUGAUUCAAGCAAGUUCUCGUGCCAAUACAACGUUCCAGUUCGGUUACGUUGCACUGGAUCUGUUGAGCAUCGUCCUGGAGGACAGCGGCGAGUACACGUGUCGCGUGUCAAGUUCGACUGGUGUGGCCGAGUCUCGUGCUAUGCUAAGCGUACAGCCCAAACCACCGAUCGAGCAGCAGUCUCAGCACCCGUCUGCCCUGGAGCAGAUGCAGCACCUCGAAGACUACAGCAAGUACGUCCGUACUGAGAGUCUCGAAGAAGUUAUCAACCAGAAGCCAGCUUUCACUCGCCCACUGCAAGACUUGGGCCAGCUUGAAGAAGGAAGAAAUGCUCAUUUUGAAGCUCAGAUUACCCCUGUGAGCGAUCCAACAAUGAGAGUGGAAUGGUACAAAGAUGGUCGCCCGAUUACGGCCAGCUCCAGAAUUACCGCCAUCUUCAACUUCGGCUACGUCUCCCUCAAUAUUAUGCACCUACGAGCUGAAGAUGCUGGUACGUACACCGUGAGAGCCGUAAACCAUAUCGGAGAAGCGAUCAGUACAUCUCAGAUUUCGAUUAUCAGCAAGGCUGCCGUUACGGAAGAUUUGGGCAUCGCUGAGCAACAGAACUACAUCCAGAAGGUUGAGCAGUUGGAGCAGUACCAGAAAUAUCAGAACAUGAAAUUCUACGAGGAAACACCGGAGAGUACCCAGCGUCCGGAGUUCAAGGCUCCGAUUACCGAUCAGUUGAACAUCCGAGAAGGCGGUUUCGCACAUUUCGAGGGCCGCUUAGAGCCGGUUAGUGACCCAACACUUCGUGUUGAAUGGUUGAAGGAUGGUCAGCCAAUUGAAGCUAGUUCUCGUAUCACAACUUUCUGUAACUUCGGUUACGUGGCAUUGACUAUUAAGCAGGUUACGAUCCAUGAUGUUGGCUACUACACUUGCCGUGCUUACAACUCUUUGGGUGAAGCUCAUGUCAGUGGAAAACUUACCGUCGUAACUCGCCAGGAUAUUAUUGUGGAUUCACAAACCAGUCACAUGGGUAUGGAAAAGAUUCAAUAUCUGGAAGAUUCAUCACGUUACACUCGCUCUACCCAAGAGGAACAGCAGGUGAUUUCUACUGCCCCACGCUUUCUAGGACCAUUGAAGGCUACGAAUAAGAUCGUGGAAGGUCAACGCGCCCACUUUGAGGCCCGUCUCGAACCGCAGUCCGAUUUAACGAUGCGCGUCGAAUGGUAUCACAAUGGUCGCCCGGUAAUGACUGCUAAUCGUAUUCAGACCUACCAUGACUUCGGUUACGUUGCUAUGGAUAUUCUGGAUGUUCGUGGUGAAGAUUCUGGAACCUACACUCUGGUGGCUACCAACAGCGCUGGACAGGCCCAAUUGGACGCCCAAAUGAUCGUUGAAACUCGCUCAGCCAUCGACACUACCAGCAUGCAUCACGUCGUCGAACGCAGCCAGCAGAAGCAGGAAAGUCAGUUUGUCGAACCACAGUACCACAUCGAGGAACUGUGCAAAUCGAAGCCCAUUUUCAUUCAACCCCUUUCGGACCCGCAACCGAUUGGUGAAGGCCGUAACAUUCAUCUGGAGUGCAAACUGGAGCCACUGGGCGAUCCUACGAUGCGCGUGGAAUGGUUCCAGAAUGGGCGUCCAAUCACCAUUGGUUCCCGCUUCAAAACAUACUACGACUUCGGUUUCGUUGCCUUGGAUAUUCUGCAUUGCACCGCCCUGGACUCUGGCGAAUACACCGUCCGUGCCACAAAUCAGUUGGGAAGCUCUCAUACUUCCGCUUGUGUUCGGGUGAUUACCCGUUCGGACAUCAUUACCGAGUCCCAGAGCGAAAUGACUGCGGAGCAGUUGCAAUAUCUAGAUGAUUCAUCCCGUAUACGUCGUGAUGUGAUGGAAGAUAUCACCGUUAUGUCGCCACCACAGUUUGUGCGCCCUCUGCACAACAUUGAAACAUACGAGGGAACCAACAUUCAUCUGGAGUGUCGUCUACAACCGGUUGGUGAUCCAUCCAUGCGUGUCGAUUGGUUCGUCAACGGUCAUCCCGUCAAAAUUGGUCAUCGCUUCCGUCCAGCUUACGAGUUCGACUAUGUAGCACUCGAUUUACUCGGUGUUUACGCUGCCGACUCAGGCGUUUACACCUGCCAGGCUCGUAAUUCACUCGGCGAAGCCGUAACCUCGUGUUCGGUAAGAAUUGUAGCCAAGAAAGAUCUGAUUCUAGAAACACAGUACCCAGCAGGGUUAGAAAAACUGCAAUACUUGGAGGACAUUUCGCGCUACCGUAAGUCUGAAUUCGUCGAUGAAAUCGUCAAUGUAAAGCCACGAUUCGUAACUCGCCCGAAAAACAUUGAUCGCGCUCAAGAGGGCGGUCAUGCUCACUUUGAGUGCAAAUUAGAACCGGUAACGGAUUCUAAUUUGAAGGUCGAGUGGUACAAAAAUGGUCAUCCCAUUACCGUUGGACAUCGUUUCCGUCCGAUCCAUGAUUUUGGAUACGUCGCAUUGGAUAUCAUUGACCUGAUCGCCGAGGAUUCGGGUACGUACAUGUGUCGGGCAGUGAACUUGGUGGGAGUGGAUGAAGUCGCAGUUCAAUUGCUCUGUCGUGGUUCGCAGCAAAUUUUGACUUGCACUCAAAACGAGUUAGGUCUGGAGCAAAUUCAGUACCUGGAAGAGAAGGCAAAACACCACCGUGCAGAUUACGGCGAUGAACUCCCCUCGCAGGCUCCGACGUUUACGACUUCGCUGAAGCAUAUUGAAAUCAAGGAAGGACAACGAGCUCACUUCGAAUGCCGUCUGAUUCCGGUAUCGGACUCGACACUUCGCGUUGAAUGGUACCAUAAUGAUGCACCCGUUAAGUCCGGUUCACGAUUCACCGAAACAAAUAACUUCGGCUUCGUGGCUUUGGAUAUUAUGGGAUGUUUGGCUGAAGAUUCUGGCACGUAUACUUGCCGCGCCGUCAAUGCUCUUGGUGAAGCCGUCACUUCAGCUACCUGCGUGGUACACACUCGUAAGAGCAUCUACUCCGAGUCUCAGCAUGAACAUGCACUCUCCAGCUUGCGUUACUUGGAGGAUAACUCUCGCUACCAGCGAGAGACUGAGGUUGAUGAAAUCAUUACCCAAGCUCCGGUAUUCACUAUGCCGGUGAAAGAUGUCAAGGUUGCCGAGAAUCAGGCCGUGCACUUCGAAGCCCGCCUGGUCCCAGUCGGUGAUCCGAAGAUGCGUGUUGAGUGGUUGAGAAAUGGUGUUGCCAUCGAAGCAUCUAACCGCAUCACCACAAUGCACGACUUUGGAUACGUCGCUCUCAACAUGAAAUACGUCAAUCCCGAGGAUUCAGGAACCUACACUUGUCGCGCUACCAACGAUCUAGGACAAGCGGUCACCUCUGCCAAACUGAUGGUUCAAUCUAAGGCGGCUCUCGAUUUGGAAACCCAGAAUGAAAGUGCCCUGGAGAAAAUCCAUCAGCUUGAAGACGCGGUACGUUAUUCGCGAAAGGAAGAGGAAGAGUUCGUAGUUACACAGAAGCCCAAGUUCACAACGAAGCUUCAUGGACCGACCAACUUGGUUGAGCAGCAAAGUGCCCAUUACGAGUGUCGUAUUGAACCCUACCCAGAUCCGAGCUUGAAGGUUGAAUGGUUCCACAAUGGCCAACCGCUGACUACUGGCCACAGGUUCCGAACUACCUACGAUUUUGGAUUCGCCGCUUUAGAUGUGUUGACGGUUUACGCCGAGGAUUCUGGCGAGUACACGUGCCGUGCUACAAACCAUCUUGGAUCGGACACUUCCUCGAUCAAGCUGAGCGUUCAGUCUCGAUCUGGAAUUGUACGCGAUACCCAACACGAAGGUGCCCUUGAAAAGAUUCAAUAUCUGGAAUGCGAUGCACGUUACGGACGUAAAGCGGACGAGGAACAUUUCGUUGCCGAGAAGCCUCAGUUUGGUCGUCCGCUGAAGAACGCCAGCGUCGCCGAAGGAUUACCGGUACAUUUGGAGGCUACGCUCACUCCGGUCAACGAUCCCACGAUGAAGGUUGAAUGGUACUGCAAUGGCCGUCCGAUUCAACAGGGUCACCGCUUCAAAACGACCUACGACUUUGGUUUCGUGGCUCUCGAUAUUCUGUAUGCCCACGCUGAGGACACUGGUACCUACAUGUGUAAGGCAAAGAACGCCGUUGGGGAGGCUGUCACGACUUGCGCUGUUAAAGUCACAGCAAAUGCUGGAUUAUAUUUGGAGACUUUGGAUGAGCAGCGUUUGCAGAAGAUUAAAGAGUUGGAGAGCUAUCAGAAGCCACAAACUCCGGAGGUUGAGCCGGCCAAGCAGAAGCCGGUGUUCCUGACACCGCUGACCAGUCUGGAAAACUUGAAAGAAGGUGACUAUGCGCACUUGGAGUGCCGCGUUGAACCCAUCAACGAUCCGAACCUGAAGAUCGAAUGGUUCAUCAAUGGCAAAUCGAUCCGUGCCGGUCAUCGCUUCCGCACAACACACGACUUCGGUUACGUUGCGCUGGAUAUUUUGUACGUCUAUGGAGAGGACAGCGGUACUUACAUGUGCAAAGCUACCAACCUGGUUGGCGAAGCUGUCAGUACUUGCAACAUUCGUGUUGUUAACAAGCGCAGCAUCAUCUUCGACUCCCAGCAUCCCGACGGAUUGGAGAAAAUUCAGAAACUGGAAGCCCAGGUUCGUCCAUCUCGCUUGGAUCUUGAAGAACCGGACACCGUUGCUCCACGCUUCAUUACCGAACUUCGGGGCACUACGGAAAUUCAUGAAGGACAAACAGCUCACUUUGAAGCCCAAGUGGAACCGAUUCACGAUCCGAACCUUCGCAUUGAGUUCUACCACAACGGCAAGCCACUACAGUCUGCUGCUCGUUUCCACAUCACCUUCGACUUCGGAUAUGUCGCUCUCGAUAUUCAGCACGUCGUCGCUGAAGAUGCUGGAGAGUACACCGUCAAAGCAAUCAACGCCAAGGGUCAGUGCAAAUCGUCGAUCAAAAUGCAAGUCACUGCCAAGGGAGCAAUCAUUACGGACACCCAGCAUCCAGAGGGUCUGGAUAAAAUCAAACAACUGGAAGGUGCUGCUCCCUUCAGGCGACCAGAGAUCCAGGAUGCCGUCACCAAGCAGCGUCCUGUGUUUACUCAGCCAUUGCAGAACAUUGACUUUGUUGCCGAAGGCCAAACCGCUCACUUCGAGUGCCGCCUGAUCCCUGUUGGAGAUCCUAACCUGAAGGUCGAAUGGUACCGCAAUGAGAAACCGUUGGAAGACAGUUCGCGUAUCACGAAGCAGCAUGAUUUCGGAUUCGUAUCGAUGGAUCUCUCACACGUUCGGGAAGAAGACGAGGGUGUUUACAUGUGUCGCGCCAUCAAUCCGCUUGGCGAAGCCGUGACUACAGCUUCGAUGAGAGUUCGCACCAAGGCAAGCAUCCAGAUGGAUACUCAACAUCCAGAAGGAAUGAGAAAGAUUAUUCAGCUCGAGCAGCCACAUGCUCCGCGGCCAGAGGAACAGGAACCAGGUUUCGAGAAACCGAUCUUCACUCAACUGUUGACCGGUCCUUCGGAAUUGUGGGAAGGCCAGCACGCACACUUUGAAGCUCGUGUUGUCCCGGUUGGUGAUGCAAGCAUGAAAUACGAAUGGUACGUGAAUGGAGUUGAACUCAAGCUCGGAUCACGUUUCCGUACAACUCACGACUUUGGAUUCGUUACGCUGGAUAUCAAUUCUGCCGUUGCGGAAGACUCUGGUGUCUACAUGUGCAAAGCUAUCAACAAAGCAGGUGAGGCUGUUUCUUCGACUAUGAUGAAAGUCAAAUCUAAGUCGUCGAUCGCUGGUGAGCCACUGUUGCCAGAAGCAUGGGAAAAGAUUCAGUUGAAGGAAGCUGCUAUGAAUAGAGUGCCGGAUAUGUUUGUCGAUACCACUCCACAGCAGGCUCCAGUCUUCACCACACAUCUGGAAAGCCACGAGAAGUUACAGGAGGGACAGCAUGUCUAUCUGGAAGCUCAAGUGGAACCGCGUGCUGAUCCAAAUCUUAGAAUUGAAUGGUUCAAGAACGGCAUGGCCAUCACGACCGGGGCUAGAAUUCGUAGCACGUUCGACUUUGGACUUGUCACUUUAUCCAUCAACGGAUUGCGUGCUGACGAUUCGGCUAUCUAUACUUGCAAGGCUACCAAUAAUUAUGGUGAGGCAGUUUCUACUGCUACGCUGAAGAUUGAAGGCAGCCACUGGCUGUUGGGAGAUACGCUACAUCCAGCAUCCAUCCAGAAGAUCAGCGAUCUGGAAGCUCCUCGCGUAGGCCAUAAGGAUACACCAGAAGCACAAUUCGAGUCUCCAGUUUACGUUACUCAUCUGAACAACGUCGAAUGCAAGGAAGGUGACAAUGUACACUUCGAAUGCAACGUAGAACCUUCCAAGGAUCCAACCAUGCAGAUCGAGUGGUUUGUUAAUGGUAAGCCACUGCCCACCGGAGCUCGCUUCAAAACUACAUACGAUUUCGGUUAUGUUUCAUUGGACAUUUCCGGAGCGUAUGCUGAAGACUCCGGUAUCUACACGUGCAAGGCCACCAACAACAAGGGAUCGGCAUCGACAUCUGGAUCACUGAGAUGUACCAGCACGAAAACGAUGUACUUGGAUACCCAGCAUCCUCAGGGUAAAGCCGGAUUGGAAGCAGUCGAAGACACUGAAGCUUCCUUGGCCAAGCGCUACAAACGCCAAGACUCGAAACCGGAAGCAGCGUAUCCAAAACCGAAAUGGGUCGUUGAGUUGCAAUCCGAAUUCCGUCUCAACGAAGCCGAAUCUUUGCAUCUGGAAGGACAGGUUGAACCCAAGGAUGAUCCCAAUCUUAAAAUUGAAUGGUACUUCAAUGGUAAGGUUCUUGCGCAUGGAUCCCGCUUCAAGAUGACCAGCGACUUUGGAUUUGUCACACUGGAUCUAUCCGAAGUGUACGAACGUGAUCAGGGCAUUUACACCUGCAAAGCGUUCAAUCAAUCGGGAGAAGCGUUCACAUCGUCUACGAUCUACUGCGUCACGAAGGAAAGUCUCAUCGAACGCACCCAGCAUCCGAAGGGUACGGAAGGUUUGGAGAAGAUUCAAGAUUUGGAAGAAUCGCUUCGCAGACAGGCGGCUGGAGAAACGGAAGCCGAUGCUGGCCAUGCUCCGAAGUUCACGUCCGAGUUCGUUGCGGUUACUAACAUUGGUGAAGGUGAAAUCGCUCACUUCGAUGCUACUCUAAUUCCAACCGGCGACCAGAGCAUGGUUAUCGAAUGGUUCUACAAUGGUAAACAGCUGGAAGCUAGCCAUAGGGUUCGUACCGUUUAUGCCUUCGGAAUGGUUGUGCUGGAGAUUCUGGGCACCAAGAUUGAAGAUUCUGGAACCUACAGCUGCAGGGCUACCAAUAAGUGGGGAAGCGCUGAAAUCAGUGUCGACCUGGAAUGUGUUGAUAAGUCAGCUGGACAGAAACCACGCUUCACUACCCAGAUCCAAAAUCUGGAGGGUCUGAAGGAUGGACAGUCCGCUCACUUCGAAUGUACUCUGGUUCCAGUUAACGACCCGGAAUUGAAAGUCGAAUGGUUCCACAAUGGUAAGCCACUUCGCCACUCGAAUCGCAUUAAGCCUGUUUCCGACUUUGGCUACGUUCUACUGGAUAUUGCCUACGUUCAGAGUCACGACUCUGGAGAGUACGUCUGUCGUGCUUCUAACAAAUACGGUGAGGACACGACUCGUGCGACACUGAAAUGUUACGGUAAAGGUGGAGUUUAUCUGGAAUCACUGCAGCCUGACUCAUUGGCUAGAAUUCGUGAGCUCGAGAGUCACGCUGGUAUGAAACCAACUGCGGCCGGAUCUCCGGUUGGUGAGGCUCCACGCUUCGUCACGAAGAUCUCCGAUGUUACCAAACUGGUUGAGGGACAAAGUGCUCACUUCGAGGCUCGAUUGACUCCCGUUACUGAUCCUGAUCUGGUUGUUGAAUGGUAUUGGAAUGGACAAAAGCUACCACAUGGACAUCGGUAUCGCACAUUCCAUGAUUUUGGAAUUGUCAUUCUGGAUAUUCUUUACUGCUACGAGGAGAACUCCGGUGAAUUCGAAUGUCGCGCCACUAACAAGUAUGGCUCGGACAGUACUAAGGCUACGUUGAGGUGCGUAUCGAAGGCGAAUCUGAUCUUGGACUCGCAGUUGCCACGUGGUAUGGAGGGUGGACUGGAGAAGAUUCAAACGCUAGAGGAUUCCCUGAUCCGCACGCGGGAUGAUCGUGAACGCGUUGAAGGUGGACGUGCACCGGUAUUCACUGUUCCAUUGUCGAACAUCGAUAGCCUUCGUGAAGGUGAGAGUGCGCAUUUCGAGGGUAAACUGACGCCAACCGAUGAUCCCAGACUUAAGGUUGAAUGGUUCUGGAACGGAAAGCCACUUAAAACCGGUUCACGAUUCCGAACGUUCUGCGACUUUGGCUUUGUCAUUUUGGAAAUUUCACCAGUAUAUCCGGAAGACUCUGGUGAGUAUUCGUGCCGUGCUACCAACGAAUACGGAGAAGCGGUUACGACGGCUUCGAUGAAGGUACAAGGCAAGCGUAGUAUUAUUCUGGAAUCGCAACUACCGAAGGGCAUGGAAGGUACCAUCGAGCGAAUCGCCGAGCUGGAGGGUCUGGGAAUUCCUCACGGAGGUCUCAGUCCCGAUGAUGAUUCCGGUAAACCACCGGAGUUCAUCACUACGCCGUCGGAUCUAACGCUUACCGAGAACUCGUUGGCUCACUUCGAGUGUCGUUUGACGCCUAUCAAUGACCCGAGUAUGCGUGUUGAAUGGUACCACAAUGGUAAAGCUUUAUGGGCCGGAUCUCGUAUCAAGACGAUUAACGAUUUUGGUUUCGUCAUUUUGGAAAUUGCUGGAUGCUACCAACGAGACUCUGGAUUGUACACGUGUAAGGCUACCAACCGUCACGGUGAGGCUACUGUAUCAUGCAAACUAACCGUUCGCGGCCGGCAGGGUAUCAUUAUGGAACCCCAACUGCCUUCGAACUUCCGAACUGGUACGGAAAGUAUUCAAAAGUUGGAAGAACAGUUGCACAAACGCGAAGAGUUAAUGGCCGAGGAAGACGAGGGCCGUCCACCGAAGUUCAUUGUAGAAAUCAAGGAUAACGAAGAUAUUCCGGAAGGUGGACCGGUCCACUUCGACUGUCGCGUCGAACCGGUUGGAGAUUCGUCGAUGAGAAUCGAUUGGUACCACAAUGGAAAGCCGUUCGCCACUGGAUCGCGAGUGCAUAUGCUGAAUGAUUUUGGUUUCAUUGCCUUGGACAUGGAUUACGCGUACGUGCGAGAUUCUGGAGUGUACGAGUGUCGUGCUACAAAUAGAUGGGGUACCGCCUCUACCACGGCUAAAGUUACUGUGGUUUCUCGCGGUGGUAUCAUCUUGGAUUCCCAGCUUCCGGAGGGCAUGACCGCUUCAAAGUUGAAGGAGCUAGAACGUGGAAAAGUUACUCUGGCUACCCAGGAAGAGAGAACCUUUGGACCUCCGAAGUUUGUGACACAGAUCCAGUCCACCACUAUCGACGAGGGUGAAACUGUACGCUUUGAGUGCCGCGUUGAGCCGAAAGAGGAUCCGAAGCUGCGCGUUGAGUGGUUCCGCAAUGGAAAGCCGUUGCCAAGUGGUCACAGAUACCGAACCAUCUACGACAUGGGCUUCGUUUCGUUGGACAUUCUGUCGGUAUACGUGGAGGAUGGAGGCGAUUAUGUAUGCCGUGCCUUCAAUGAACAUGGUGAAGACUCCACGAAAGCCCAUGUCAGCUGCAAGAAACUGCCGUCAAUUGUGCUGCAAAACCAGAUCCCGAAGGGAAUGCAAAAGUCGGAAACUCUAAUGCAGAUGGAAGCCACCAUCAAGAAGUACACGGAAGAGAUCUUCCUCACCGAAGAUGAUCUGUUCGAUCCGGAUCGCAAACAGCCUCCUCGCUUCGUUACUCAGAUUAAGGAUCAGCUCACUUUGACGGAAAUGCAAGCCACCAAGUUCGAGUGCCAGCUGGCUCCGGUUGGAGAUCCGAACAUGAAGGUGGAGUGGUUCUACAAUGGCAAACCAUUGCCGUAUAAGAACCGCUUCACACCGAUCUACGACUUUGGUUAUGUAGCGAUGAACUUUGCCUGGAUCUAUCCCGAAGAUAGUGGAGAAUACCUGUGCCGGGCCACUAACUUGUACGGCAUGGACGAGACUCGUGCCACUAUCAAGACCACCGGAAAGCCUGGAAUCAUCUACGAUUCGCAGCUUCCGAAGGGUAUGAAGAGUAUCCAGAAAAUCCGCGAAAUGGAAGCGUUAUGGAACUUAAAUAUACCAGAGGUAGUCGACGAGACCCAGAAGCCGAAGAAGGAACCAACGUUCGUAAGUCGUCCGGAAUCGAUCGAGGUUGAGGAAGGUGAAUGGGCCCGCUUCUGCUGUCGUGUCACUGGUCAUCCGAGGCCAAGAGUUAUGUGGCUUAUCAAUGGACACACUGUUGUCAAUGGUCAACGCUAUAAACUCACCUACGAUGGAAUGUACCACUUCGACAUCCCAAAGACACGCCAGUACGACACCGGCAAGGUGGAAGUCAUUGCCCGUAGUUCCGUCGGUGAAUCGAUUGCUCGCUGCGAACUGAAAAUCACUCCACGGCACGACGACUACCGUGGGGUGCUGAAGAACUCCCCGAGACCCUGGUACGAUUACGAUCUAGUUGCCUACCAGAAGGGUCGUCUCGAUACCGACCUAGAGGUAACACUGAAGGAAGAAACCAAGAAGAAAAAGAAGGGUCUCAAGACUCAACACCUGAAGCCGAAAGAGAAGAAGGACGGCGAAACGGAAUGGCAAAAAACUGUCAAGCAGAAGAAGAACGAGGAGUACUACAACAAGCUCGCCCAGGUCGAGAAUGAGCAACUGGUCAAGGAGCAGAGACUCCGCGAAGAGAAGCACCAGUUUGCGAUCCCUGGCGAGAAGGUUGUUGGCCAGUCACUGGCCAAGGGUAUGGCGUCUGCCUACGAAGAAACUCUUGAAGAAUCCAAGGACGAGUCUUCGGAGAAGACCACUGUCGAAAGGAAAAAGGUAAUACCCGAUCCGUUGGAAACAUCGGUUCAGGGUAAGGAAAUUCACGUCUCACAGCAAAAGCAAACUCAAAAGGAAGUAUACGAUGAUAAGGAGAUAAUUCGAAAGAUUACCGCUACGGAAACCACCGAAGUGGAACACAAGGGCACAACACAGGAACGUAUUGUCGAGGGACCGGUCAAGCCUGCCACGCCACCGGUAUUCACGAAGAAGAUUCAACCGUGCCGCGUGUUCGAGAACGAGCAAGCCCGGUUCGAUGUAGAAUUCGACGGUGAUCCAAUGCCCACGGUCAAGUGGUUCCGCGAGAACUUCCAGAUCAACAACUCGUCGGACUUCCAGAUUCACACUUUCGGAACGAAAUCCGUGUUGAUUAUUCGUCAAGUUUUCGUGGAGGAUUCCGCUGUAUUCGCCGUAAUUGCCGAAAACCGUGGAGGAACUGCCAAGUGCAGCGCCAACUUGGUUGUCGAGCAGCGUCGUCAACAAGGCCGCGGAGGCGUCAUACCGCCCAGCUUCGUCAAUACGAUUUCCGAUACAGCUGUAACGGCCGGUCAGCUUGCUCGCUUUGAUGCCAAGAUUUCCGGAACGAAACCACUGGAUGUGUACUGGCUAAAGAAUGGACAGAAGAUUGCGCCCAACAUCAAGUACAAGAUUCUCGAGGAAGACAAUAACUACACGUUGUUGAUCAUCGAAGCCUACGCCGAGGACAGCGGAAAGUAUGAAUGUGUUGCCAUUAACAGUGCUGGUGAAGCUCGCUGCGAUGCAACUUGCAACGUUGACACUCCGCACACUCAGAUCAUCGAAAAACCGGCAACCCCCGGCACGGAACGUCCCCCGAAUCUAGUUGAACCGCUGAAGGAUAAAACCGUACCGGAAGGGCAAUCGGUCGAGUUCCGCACCCGCGUCACUGGCAAGCCUAGCCCCAGUGCUCAGUGGUUCAAGGGCGACAAACAGAUCAAACCGUCCAAGUACUUCCAGAUGACCAAGGACCGUGACUUCUUCACGCUCAUCAUCACGGAAGCCUUCCCGGAAGACGAGGGCGAGUAUCUGUGUAUCGUUUCGAAUGCCGGCGGCGAGGUGCACACCACCGCCAGCCUUAAGGUUGUCACGCCCGGUAUGCAGGAUGCCGUCCCCAAGCUGACCGAGAUGAAGGACUGCCUCGUGGACGAAGGUGCACCCGCUCAGUUCAAAACGCAGAUCCUCGGCAAACCGUCCAAGGUGACGGUGCAGUGGCUGCGCGAGGGGUUGCUGAUUCCCGAGUCGCCCGAUUUUCAGAUGAUCACCGAGGGAACGAACGCGGUCCUGCUGAUCGGUACGACGUACGAGGAGGAUUCCGGUCUGUUCACCUGCCGGGUGACGACGUCCGCCGGCCAGGCCGAAACCUCAGCCAAACUGAUAGUCAAAAGCAACUUGAAAAGAGAGAAUGUGUAAACGAACAACAAACAAAGCUUGAUGCGAAAUGUGCGAGUCUGAAUUGCUCACAGGGAUUGACACUAAAGAUUUCCAAUUAUGAAGCAAGCAAAAAAUUUGAAAAAAUAGCACUAGAAGAGGCGAUUUAAAAAUUACAAUAGCUAAGAAGCGCGAUCCUUAGAACAAGCAGAAACAGUUAAAUCAUUCAUUAACACAUUAUGUGACUAGUAGUGGAUUUUUUUGUACGUUGCAAUAGUAGUUGUAGUUAGUGCCAAUUCACGCGCACAGCUCGAAGUGAUCCCCACAGGAACAACCGAAGCUUUUUUCUGUUGUAUGUUUUUCGAUUUCUGUCGUUUUUGUUUUUGAUAUUUACAAUUUACGGAACAUAACACAUAUUCUAAGGCGAAAUGGCUAUUAGAACGAGUGCAUAUAAGAAUCGGUGUAGGUAGAAUUUUGUGGCUUCAGCCAGAGAGCAGAGAGAUUCUCCCGUACUAGUCGUCAGGAUUAAAUGCCCCCCUGCUGCUCUAUUUCCUAGAUGCACCAAGUGACUCUAUUUAUGACCUUAUUUAUUGAUAUUUCAUACGAUGAAGUUAUUAUAGCUUAUUAAAACCAUUUUAUAGCAACUAUUUUAAAGGAAGCUUAUAAUGAAUAGCAGCUUAACAAAUAAAAUUUGCAAGCAAUUUUUAAAACAAAUCAACUGGUGUCUUGUGUUUGAUGAAGCAGGCGAAAAUUUCACACUCUGAAAGUGGCGUAUAUCAAGUUUGGUGGAGUCAGAAGGAUCCAAACGAUCAGUACAUUAGAACCAAUGCCGUCUUCGAUUGUUUUCCGAGCGAAGGAAAACACUUUCAGAAUGACGGCUCCCACACCCCGCGAGAAUAAUGAAUAAUUAGUACAGAAUGCUCUCGACGUUGCAGCAGUGUGCAAUCCAAAUUCCGCGCACCCCACGUCGUUAGAGUUGAAGUUGUAAAUAGUGUAGAAAAGAGCGAUCGUUUUCGUCUAAACAACAAAAACAGAAGAAAAAAAACAUUUCCCACAGUGCAUGCGAGAUUGCUUUGCGAUCCUCUCGACAUCAUCAACGCCAGCCUUUUGCGUGAGCACUAUUUCGAGCAGUUCUUUUUCGACUUUCACCGUCACAAGCGUGCACCGCUCGCGGGAGGUAAAAUCUGUCAAAAUUUAAACCAUUAUUAAUGGUUCACAUACACCGUCUGUAUCAAAAGGUGGAGUGCAAAACAUGAUAGGCGAAAAAAUCGAGCAGCCAGCGCGUGCAACGCGGCCUCGAUCGAGUGUCGUGUGCACAAAUCGCACACACAAGGUGGAAAUCGUUUGGAAUUUUCAAACCGUGACUCAGAGCGUCAUGACGCGAUGCUGAGCUGAUAAUUCGAACGUGUGAAAAAUUUGGAGGUUUCCUCUCCCAACCGUGGCUGCCAUCGAGAUUCGGAAAAAAAUAUUUCACUAGUUUUCCCAACCCAGCAAGCAUAAUGUUGUACUACAUAGCGUCGGCUCUCGGUUUUGUCUUGUUGCGAGCAGAUGCGUUGCUAUUUUUAGAAACGUUCUCUUGAGCGAACCCUGAGCCGUCCGUGUUGGUGCGAACAUUGGCCGAUGAAAAGCCGCUUCCCGGACACUCCGCCAAGAAAUAUUAGAACGAUCUUCGAUUGCGUGUUGGCAUUUUUUUUCUGUUUCUUCUCUAGCAUGGAAAAUCAUUCCACCCCACUGAUUGCCUUGUGAAAACGACCCGCUAAUUGCAACUUAACGACGGGAAUUAACAGUAGCAUUUCCUUCGUAACAGACAGAGGUGGACGCCUGACCUCGCGCUUUCCAUGUGAAGUGUUUCGGAUUACGAAAACAUCAGACUUUCACCGAAAUUAUUUAUUUAUUUAUUUUUCGACUUUUUUUUUCUGGAGCACACAAAAAAAAACCUUUUUUGAACAAGCGGUUGAUUACUUACCCGUGCGUUGCCACUGCUUUGCAGACGUAAUGGCGAGUGAUUUGCGAAAAAGAACUGCUUCAUGUGAGUGUGAAAAAGAAUACAAUGUAUGCGCAACAAGAAAAAAAAAUCAACAGGGAAGCCGGCACUUGAAGGAAAAUUUUGUAACUGGUGUAGCAAAUCGUAUUAACAGACAGAACAGAGGUAAUAAAAUUUUCUGAAAAUAACUCGAAAUUAGGAUCUUUUACUACUGACCCAUACAAACAGAGGGCCGAUGAGAGCAAUAGAUAAAAACGCGAAUAAUCGAUCAUCAAAAAUCGUCUGCCUUGAGCCAGGGCUUACGCUGGUGUAAAUUUAUGGCGGGAAAUGAACCGAACCUUGAUCUUCUGCCACGAUUCAAUUUAUCGCUAGUGUGUCCUUCGAAAGGGGCCAUCUGGUUUCCGCUGAUCGUUAUCCAAUCGGACGGUAAAAUUGCCGAUAGAGAAUCCGUGUGGGAAGCUAGUUGCACGAGCGAAAAUUUUCUAGAACUUUCGGAGGCUCCCUGGCACGACUUUCCAAGUGACUGCAGUUUCUUUGUCACGAGACUCCCACGCGUCUUCUAGCUGUUUGUUCUCGCUCACCUGUCGCUUUGUGUUGCUAUUGUCCGAAACCGCUACAGUCCGAAACCGAAAACAAUUUGACUCAUUUCCUGCCCAUUUGAGUGGUUGUUGUUGAUCGGCAAGUUCCGCACAAGUGAAUAACUUGCCAGUAUGCUCAGACUAGACUGUAAUUUAGCUUAGCUAGUUAGGAACGGUAAUUAUAUGCACUCUUAGCCGCAGCCAUUUGUUUUUAGUAGAUGCUGAACCGGCCGACUCCCGGCCGGUCGUCUCCGCAUCGCCACUAAGUGUGUCCUGUUCAAAUAAAAAACAGAAAAAAGAAUCCAUUAGUAUCCAUCCACACGCGAAAAUAAAAUUGAAUACAAAACAACUUGCAGCUCGAAGUGAUAUACUUUCGAACGGGUUGCUGCAUGUUUGCAAACUUUGCAUCAACAAAUUCGAAAACAUCAAUAAAUCUACAUCGCCGCCAAUUUAUCAAGCAACCAGUAAAAACAAAAAAAAAAACAAAUAAUACUUAUCUGCAAGGAUCGGGUCUAAUUUUGCGCUGCCAAUGCGAGCUUCGGUCAGCCGGUCAUUAGGAUGGGUCACUUUGAGCAUUUUGCCGCUCGCUUUCUGCCUGCUACUGUGCUUAAACUGCCACUAACUGCAACUGCUUGUCCGCAGGAUUUUGAGUAUUAUUAACCUUGUAGCUUGCGCUCGCUCCGAAAGUACAGGCCUGCCGUUGCCAUCACAUCACCACUGCUGCUGAUGCUGCUGCUGCUUCCAUCAUCGCGCUUUUACCGGAAAAAAGGAUUUCUGCCGAAUCGCAAACUAAUCUAACUCUGUUCUAAUGUAACGGUUGUUAUCGUCGAAAAAUUUUUUUUGUUUUUUUUUUGUCUCUGAUUAACUAGUUAAUCUAACUUAUUGAUUAUUGUUUAAGUGAUGUAGCGUUUAGAUUUAAAUCACUAUUUUAUAGGUUUUUGUAAAACAAAAAAAGUAACUUGCGUACAUGAAACACACCUUUACUUUUGUAUAUUUGUUUAAAAGUUCAAAACUGAACGGAGCGUUAAAGUGAUACAUAAAUUGACAGAAAAAUCAA